UAAGAAAAAAGUCCCUUAAUGGCUCUCUCUACCUCUCUCUCUCUCUGGAGGUUUUUUAUGUUUUCGUUGUAACAAACACUCUCUCUUCAGUAAGAAACCCUAUCUCUCCCCCACUAGCGCCGGCGCCGACUCCGACUUUUAGCUCUUGCAACAGAUAUGGCAAGAGGACUGAAGAAGCAUUUGAAGAGGCUCAAUGCUCCAAAGCAUUGGAUGCUCGACAAACUUGGUGGUGCAUUUGCCCCCAAACCUUCAUCUGGUCCUCAUAAGUCGAGGGAAUGCCUCCCCUUGAUCCUUAUAUUGAGGAACCGGCUGAAGUAUGCUCUCACGUACCGUGAGGUAAUUGCAAUUUUAAUGCAACGACAUGUUUUGGUCGAUGGGAAGGUCAGGACUGAUAAGACUUUUCCUGCUGGUUUUAUGGACGUUGUGUCAAUUCCCAAGACAAACGAAAAUUUCCGGCUUCUUUAUGACACAAAAGGUCGAUUCCGUCUACACUCAGUUAGGGAUGAAGAGGCUAAGUAUAAGCUGUGCAAAGUUCGCUCAGUGCAGUUUGGGCAAAAGGGCAUCCCUUAUCUGAACACUUACGAUGGACGCACAAUUCGUUAUCCUGACCCUCUGAUUAAGGCGAAUGACACCAUCAAGCUAGACCUUGAGUCUAACAAGAUUGCUGAUUUCAUCAAGUUUGAUGUAGGAAAUGUUGUGAUGGUGACUGGUGGAAGAAACAGAGGCAGGGUGGGAGUUAUAAAGAACAGGGAGAAGCAUAAGGGAAGCUUUGAAACAAUCCACAUUCAGGAUGCAACCGGGCACGAAUUUGCAACUCGGCUGGGCAAUGUGUUCACAAUUGGUAAGGGGACUAAGCCAUGGGUGUCCCUACCCAAGGGCAAGGGUAUUAAAUUAUCCAUUAUCGAAGAAGCCAGGAAGAGGCUGGCAAGCCAAGCCACAGUUACUGCUUAAGACUUAGUUUAGUGUAACGUAGUCAUGGAUGAAAGAUUGGAUUUUUCUUUUGUUUUUGUAUAAGUAGAUCUAGAAAAGGCUGAUACACUUGGAUAUUUCUACUUCAACUGUGUGAAGCUACUGCUAUGAUUUUGUCAUUCCAAGACUCUUUUCUUCAUGAGGGCUACUUGUUUUUCUGGUAAAUGGAAAAAUCUUGACUUGUGUUCGAUUUGUUAAA